GUUGGGGGUUUAUUUUUUAGCGUUUGUUCGCGUUUGAGAAGUCAGGGGUGAUUGGUGGUUUCAGAGCUGCCACGGCACACGCGGGACUUUUUGCGGUUUUUCGAUAGCAGGCAGACAGCGCACGUUGAGAGGUGGGCUUAGAGAGCGCUAGGGGCUUUAGGCGUAUUGACGGAGCAGGGUUGAGUUGGCGAAGUCGAUACAGCGAGGCGCCACAGAGCCAUGGAAGGAGCUAAGAUAUUGGUUCGCGUUAGUUCGCACCAGGGAGUGAAGAAGGUCUGGAUAGGGCCAGGGGAGACGGUGCAGAGGUUGAAGUGUCUGAUUUCGGCGGAGUUGGGGAUAUCUGCGGAAACGCAGGAUCUUUGCGUGGUGAAUCGCGGCGAUGGGCCGAGUCGGAUGGUGAGGUUGGACAGGAUGGACGCGACGUUGGGGGAGAUGCGCGUUUUGCACGGGGACAUGGUGUACUUGACGUCGCCGGAAGUGUCGGCGAUGGCGAGAGAGCAGGGGGACAGUAAGGGGGUGGCAGGGGGUCGUGGUGGGAGACGCGUGUUGCACCCGGAGGUCGUGGAGGACGAAGUGGACAGGAAAUUGCGGGAGAGGGAUGGUUGGAUACCUAGGCCAAAGACUAAGUCGUGCGACCACAAGGAGGACGCUAUAUGUUCCGCGUGCAUGCCGCUGGCGCCGUGGAACGUGCAGGAGCACGAGGAGUUGAAGAAGGUUAAUUUGAAGCACAUUCCCUUUCACGCGUGGCUGAGGAAGAAGGAGUACGACUCGCCGAACAAUCCGGUUUAUUUGGAAGAUCCGGCGUGUGUGAUAAUGGAUUCGAACCGCGCGUCGGCGGGGAAGAGCACGCUGAGCGUGGUGUUGGAGAGACAGGUGUACCGACACGUGGACCACGUGGAAUUUGAGUCGUCGACGUUGAUAGAGCGAUUUAUCGACGCGUGGAGACAGACGGGACAGCAGAGGUGCGGCCACCUGUUCGGCCACUACGAGGCGGAGGACAUCGUGAAGGAGUCGCUGGGAAUUCGAGCGGUGGUGAGCGCGAUAUACGAGCCGCCGCAGACGGUGUACAAGGACGAGGUCAUGUUGCUGAAGGACCCGGACGAAGCGAAGGUGGAAGACUUGGCCAAGUCGCUGGGCAUGACGCGCGUGGGGUUUAUAUGGACGUCGCUGAAGGUCAAUGAGAACAUGGAGAUCGUCGCCGAGAGGGACGAGUCGACGUUUAUCCUGACGUCGAAGGAGUGUAUACGGAUGUGUACGUUCCAAAACCGGUAUCCGUCGCCCUGUUCUCAAAGCACGUCCGGGAAGUUCGGGUCGAAGUUCGUGUCGGUGCUGGUGACUGGAAGUCGAGAAGGAAACGCCGAGGUGAACGCGUACCAGAUGUCCAACCAAUUCGCCAGACUCGUGAGAGAUGGCGUGAUUUCGUACAGCAAGCAGAGUCCGAGCUUGAUGAGAGUCAGAGAAAGCGCCGGAAAUGCCAUUUAUCCAGAAAUCCGAUACGUCGCGAAAAACGAAUACGGAUAUAUGGUACAGUUCAAAGCCGACCCGACGUUUCCCAACGAAUACGGAAUCGUGUCGGUCAGGCACUCGUUCCCUAUUCACCCGUCUCCUAAGUUCAGCUGUUUCACCUUCCCUAUAGAAAACAGGCAAGUUUACGAGCUGGCUCCUGGACCACUGGCAAUCCAGGCGCAGCUCGCGAACAACGCCUUUCCGGCCUGCCUGAACGACUGGCACUUCCUCCUCUACAUGAUCAAGGUCAGUCCAGAGCUGAAAGACAGAUUCGUCAACGCCGUCACUUCGCAAUCGACUCUAGACGUGGACCUCCGACGCAUCCUGCAAACAUCGGCGCUGGCCGGGACGCUCCCGACCAACUCGGGCGCGCAAUCCCCCGGCAUGAACAUGGACGUCUGGUCGCCUGUCACCCCCUCCGUCGCGCGCAUCGAAGAAAUGAUCAGCCAAAUCGUCCAGCUCGGAUUCUCCGAGGAACAGGCGAAACAAGCGCUGACGGCCACCAACCACGUCAGCGUCGACCUGGCCCUGGACCUGCUUAUCUAGGACGCUCUUUCUCACCACCACCACCCUUUUUCGCGCGGAAGCGAGCGCGUCGACUCCUCCCGACAGGGACGUCCUUCGGCUCGCGCAUAAAAAGUAACUCGCCUCAUUAAAAAAAAAAAAAAAAAA